UCUCCAGCUCCAGGUCUGCUGUUUUUGAUUAGUGAUUUGCUAGCUUGGCCUGAGAGGAUGUGUGGGUGUUCUUCCUCCUUGGGUACUGAGUGAGGGUGGAAGGUUUGCUUCCAAAGGAAAGUUUUGUCUCUUGGGAUUCUUGCUACAUUCCAUCAUUCCUGAGAAAGUGGGGUAGUGUUAGGUUAGGACCGGAGCUUUGGUGGCUGAUGGGAGUCUCAUUCCGGGCCUCAGCUGGCAUCCUUCUGCCUGUUGUCUUUUGACCCAGCUCUUGCAGCAGAAACAGGAACAACCCUGCACCCAGGCUGCAUCACCAUUCCUUGCUUCUAGGGGAAGCCCUUCCUUAGGAAGAAAAGUAGCCGCUGACCUUGCCUGGAAAUGCAGGUGCUUCGGGGCCUGGUACCGGUUGGCGCAGAGAGGGGCCCAGUGCAGGAGACACGUGGCCCACCGAAGGGUGCGGGUCCUGAGGACAUGCCUGGGACGGUGGAUGGAGUUGAGGCAGCUCCAGGCCUCAGAUGUGGCAAAAGUGACUCAGUUGGCCCUCUACCGGCGGAAGGCGGGGAAUAAGGCCCUCAACAUCUUAGUCCCAGGAACUGCCACCACUCAUUGCCUGGAGACAGUGGUCCAGGCCCAGGAACUACCCAAGGAGCCAGAUCGGUGCUCCCUGUGGGAAGCUUGCCAAAAGUUGGCUCUGCAACGGGCCCUGCUGCUCUGGAGGACGCGACUCUACCAGCACGAGCAAGCCGUGUAGGUGUCCAGAAGCUGAUGACACCCGGUCAGCCCCACAAUGUGGAGACAUGAUCCUUUAGGACCUAGUCAACAUCCCCAGCCUUCCCAUGGCCUUGGCAGGAGGCCUGAUGUGAUACAUUGUGUCUCCCAGCAGGUAUCAGGCCCUGGGAAGUGGCGGUGGAACACCGAGACAGCUGCUGGGGCCACUUUCUCCCAGCUGCCUUUGGAAGGAUUCUGAGCCCAGGCUGCUGACGCUGUGGGGCGGGAGGCUGGGGUCAUCAGGAGCCAGCUUCUAGACUAGACUGUCAGGGAGAAUGAGCCAGCAGUCACAGAGCUAAGAAUUCUGUUUCAACAGGGCGGUGGUGGCAGGCACACUCUUUUAAUCCCAGCACUCCGGAGGCAGAGGCAGGUGGAUCUCUGUGAGUUCGAGGCCAACCUGGUCUACAGAGCGAGAUCCAGGGCAGUCAGGGCUACACAGAGAAACCCUGUCCACUCCCCCCCCCCCCAAAAAAAAAAGAAAAGAAAGAAAGAAAAGAGAAUUCUGUUGUAGCAAGCAUGGUGGCACAUAGUUCAGGAUGACUAAAAAAUACUGGCAAUCCUCCUGCCUCAGCUUCCUGAGUCACGGUGGGGUUAUAAUCGUGAACUGCUAUUCCUGGCUUGUGGUUGAUUGUUUCUGAUUUUGUUCCGUUUUGCUUUGCUUUGUUUUUUAGGAAAAGUGUUUUUUCUUUUUUCUUUUGUUUUUGUUUUGCUUUAACCGAGUUCCCCACUAGAGGGCAGUGGACUGGGCUGUCACUGGAGUGGACUGGGCUGUCACUGGAGUGACUUGUCUUCGGUGGUGCCGGGCAUCAGGUUCUCAGACUCAUGCACACUUAGCAAGGGGUCCACCGCCGAGCUAUGACAUCAUUUCUUGAUGCUCUGAGUGAUCCAUUGGUUUCAGCUGGUCAAGGCCUUCCAGCUGGACCCUCACACAGCAGGCUUGCCUGAGUCGUGGGUGUUGGGAGUCCCAGAGACUCACCUGCCCCCCUCCCCUAGCUCCUUUUUUCAGGGCAUGCAGAAGAGGGCUCUGCAGUACAUCCUGAAGCUGUGGCGCUUGAGGGUCUGGGGUCUGGACCCUCCCUCGAGCAGCAUGGAGACCAUGUUAGCCCUGGAGCCAUGGGGCAACAGGCCAGGAGGGGAGGCCUGGCUGGGCUGCAGAAGAUCAGGAGGGUCACUGGAAAAGGUGCGGAUCCAGCAGACUCAGGGCGCAGUGAGGUUGUACUGGCGUACCCUCCAGAGGCGCUAUUUCCAGACCUGGUAUGAGCGCCUGAGGAACGCAGGGGUGUCCCAGGACCAGCAUCAAGUCUUCCAGGAUGACCUGAGAAAAGACCUGGGGGCCACACUUGCUGGCUCACUGGAGGCCUGCAGAGCAGGGCCCCCAGCACAGGAUCGCCGCUGUGUGGCCCAGGCCUCUGUCCUGGGCUGGAGAAGCUUUCUGCAACAGAGUGGGACUGACAGGCAGCUGAGGAAGGCCCAGACCCAGCAGGCUUUUGUGGUAUGGUGAGUCUCCCUGGGGCAGUCAGGAAGGAGAGCACAAGUCCUGACCCCCAAUCCAGGUGGCCCUGUGCUGGGUCCUGUGGAUGCAUGAGUCCUACCUAGGCCAGGGCCACCAGGCUCUUGCUGUCCGGCACCUGACAACCAGGUGAGUGCCCAAGGCCCGAGGGCAACCUCAUACCAUGCUUCCAGCUCAGGUUUUGAACUUGGUUUUGGUAAGGGUGGAGCAUAUUGGGUAGUCGAGUGGUGCCUGCUGAGUGUCUGGGUGGCAGGAGGGUAGAGACACCUUGAUCUUGGGAGCGGGUCCUGAUCCUGCCACUUUCUAGUGUGACCCAUCCUUGGAAACGCUUCUGACGUUAGCUGCCUUGCCUUGCAGCCCUGCCAAGUGUGCGCAUGUGCUCAACACAAUAAUUGGGCAGUGCAUUGGCAUCUUCCCAGGGGAGGGGAGCAGAACCUAGCUGUUAGUUAGGACUGCCCUCUCUGUCCCUUUAAACAGGAUGCUUGCCCCUGAUGUAUGUGAUACUCUACCCACUUCUGAUGCACAUUUGGUGGAUUAUCCAGAAUAGGGAUGGGAGGGGGCCCAGGCCUGGGCAUUUGUCUUUUGCAGAGCCCUAGAAUCCUGGC